CAGCCAGUUUGCCUCGGCCACCUGACGUCCUGGCCGUACUUGACAAAGUACGGCGGCGAGUCCGCGGGAUGUCAACGAAAGUGACGCAAUGAAGUAUUUAUACGCACCAGCCAGCAGUUGUGCGAGCAUCUGCGCCUGAGGAAAACGCGAGGCGCAGCGCAAGCGGUGUCGUGUCGUGAUGAGCGUCGCGCGACGUUCGCGACUCCCAAAUAUCGUUGUUCGCGUGGUGUGUGUGCGGAAGACGGACUAGUGGCCCAGCCGCCCUGCAGAAGACGCAGAAUUACAUUUCGAUUGUUUCCUAUGGGCUUUUAACAAAGCGCAAAGCACAAUGACAAUAAAUCAACAUCCAUUAAAUUUAAAUUUUAAUCAUUGCAUAAGUUAAGAGCAAAAGUUAAUCUCUUGGAGUAUAAAAACAGAGUACAAAAAGUUUAGUACUAUUAUUUAACUGGUUACAAAUUAACGUCGUUAAAAUAUUUGCUAUUAAAAUGGAUAAGAAACGCAGUCCGAUGCCGUCGAAGAUGAGCUUCAAGGUAAAACAGACGCACACGGGCACCAGCGACAGCGAGGCCAGCGGCGAGACGAACAGUUUGAGCGCGGAAAGUGUGGGCGAUCAUCAGAAUCAACCGCCAAAGCCGCCGGCGCGGAAGAAAGGACGCAGGAAAGGCUCGGACUGGGAGAUUAUGGAAGGCCUCAAGGACGGGCAGAAAUUCGAGAAGAAGCCGAAUAUUUUCAGUGGAUUUCUGCACAAAAAACGGAAGUGGCCGCUGAAGGGUUGGCAUAAGCGUUAUUUCAUUCUGGACAAAGGAAUAUUAGUGUAUGGAAAGGGCCAGAAUGAAAUCAACAAGGGGAAAGUGCAUGGAUCGCUUGACAUUGGUUUGUCAGUGAUUUCUAGCAAAGCCACGCGUCGACGUAUUGAUAUCGACGCUGAAGAAUUUAUUUAUCACUUGAAGGCGAAGACGGAGGAGGCGUUCAAGAAUUGGGUGCACCAGCUCACUGUGCAUCGCCUCUAUAGGCAACAUAUUUUGAAUUAUGGUACAAAAGUAGGCACACUCUUGAACACCAAUAGUGAAGAUAGAAAAUUACCCCUAACUCCAGAAAUAGUUAGCAGAGAUGGAAGUUUGACGCGUGGGUUGAAGCUGGGUAAUGGUAGUCGACUAUCCACGUGGCUGAUGGAUGCCGCCACCAAUAUCGAGCAAGUACAAAAGGACGCAACACUGAUUGAGUUAAAUCUGACGCAAUUGACGCGCCUGCUGAACGCCAUCGAAUCUCAGGGAUGCUCGAAUUCGGCGUACGGCGAAACGGAGUGCACAUUCGCGGCGGGCCAUCGUUUGGCUAGAACGAGAUCGUGGUGCUUCCGACUCGCACGGAGCACUAGUCAGAAGACGUUUUGCUCUCUACGCUCCCUUGGCGAAGGAUUGUCACCGAAUGUGAAAAGCAAGAAAUUCGGCCUGAAAAAGAAGAAAUCCACGAAAGGUGGAAGUGUUGAUUUGACAAUGACUUUCAACCGCGCCGCCAUUUUAGAUCCUGAUAACACAUCUCCACUUUCUAAUUGCUCAGCAAUCUCAGUGUCACCGGGCGCUACUGGAAAUGGUGUUUCUUUAGCACCCGCAUAUCCAGUUGGACCGCAGAGUCUCCCGGCUGAUCAUAAUUCUGAUAGACAUUCCUAUUCGGCUCCGGACAAUCAAGCCAGAGAAGAUUUUGUAUUCCUUGCUAAAAAUGUAUUAAGUAAUUUGAAGACAGUUGCCAUGACAAUGUCCACCGAACGUGACCGACUGCGGGCGGCACUGGAGGCGGAGGCAAAUGUUCAAACUAUGUCAAUCACACCUGCUAAUAAUGGAAAUUACGUCUCCUCACUGAAGGCAUCACUAAAUCAAGCGCUGCUACAAAACGGCGAGCUCAAAUCGCGCUUAAAUAAAGUGCAUGAACUCGCCGACCUCUGUGACUUGUCUUCGGUGGACCCCAUCUCCGAAACACAUCGUCCCUUUCAUAACUCGCUGAGUUACAGCAGUUCCUGUGUCAGCGGCAGUGAGUUUUUUGACGCUGAGGAGCUGGGCAACGAGAAACCUGCCGCCACGGAGGCGGAAGCACAUGAAGACCUUGAAGCCGAAGUGCGCACGCGCGGUAGCGACAGCAGUUCGGAGGCGGGGUCUCUUUCAAGCGGUGAGGGUAGCAUCAGCUCCGAGUCAGAAUUAGGCGGGGAUUACAGUCAGACGAAUAAUUCCGUCGUCAAUGAGUCUGGAAGCGGCUUAACCGGCAGAAGAACAACUCUUCCCGCUCCUAGACCUGAUACGGAAGGAUUAUCGUUGUGGAAUCUAUUAUGUAAAAACAUCGGUAAAGAUCUAUCGCAAAUUAGCAUGCCUGUUGCGCUCAAUGAACCUUUAAACAUGCUGCAACGUCUUUGCGAGGAGUUGGAGUACUCUGAACUUUUGGAUAAAGCAGCAGAGUUAGAUGAUCCGUACGAACGUAUGGUGCAUGUAGCAGCGUUUGCAGUGAGUAGCUACGCGAAUUCUACAAGCCGCGCUGGAAACAAACCGUUUAAUCCUCUGCUCGGUGAAACUUACGAAUGUAUAAGAGAGGACAAAGGUUUCAAGUUUAUUGCCGAACAGGUGUCGCACCAUCCGCCAAUUUCUGCAUGUCACGCCGAAAGUCGAAAUUUUACAUUUUGGCAAGAAGCCAGAAUCAAGACGAAGUUCUGGGGCAAGAGCAUGGAGUUUCAGCCGAUGGGACACGUGCAUUGCUUGCUGCCACGCACAGGUGACCUGUAUACAUGGAACAAGGUCACCACUUGCGUGCAUAAUUUGUUUAGCGGUCAACGGUGGGUCGAUCAGUACGGGGAGUUGCACAUUACGAAUGGUCGAAUUAGUUGCAAAUUGACAUUUGCUAAAGCAAGUUACUGGUCAGCUAAGAAACAUGAGAUCGUUGGUGCUGUUUACGAUGAAUCUGGAAAAGUCGUUUACAAUCUCUUUGGAAAGUGGUCAGAAGCGCUGUACUGUGGGGUGGCACCUUCUGCCAGAUGUAUUUGGAGGGCAGGUACAAUGCCACCCAAUCAUGAGCGGUACUACGGUUUCACUCGUUUUGCCAUGGAGCUGAACGAAUUGGGACCUGAUGCGCACAUGCUGCCACCAACUGAUACACGUCUGCGACCAGAUCAGCGUGCUCUGGAAGUUGGCGACCUAACAAUGGCGGAGAACGUAAAGCUUCAAUUAGAGUCAUUGCAGCGGGAUCGUCGAAAGGCACGUGAAGAGGGCAAAGCGAGACAUGACCCUCUGUGGUUUUCACAUCGUGUUGACGAUAAAGAAGAUGUAUGGGAGUACAACGGCAAGUAUUGGGAGACACGAAAGAACAACGGCUUCACGAAUUGUAGUUUCACUAAGCUAUGGUAGCGCAUGGUGCUUUUACCAGAGGGUAAAAUUUGAUUGCAAUGGUGUGAUUACCGAAUAUGCUUAUAUUUUAAAUGCUUAGGUAUAUUGGCAACUUUACAAUCACCAUAAGGUCAACUAAAAACACGCCUAGGAACAAAAAGUUCGUUAUCCGUAUAUAGCCACGUCAGGUCUAAGCAAUGACACACUGAACAAAUGAAAAUGAACGGUAUGCAAUUUAUAAAAUAUGUUAAGAAUAUAAAACACUAAUAUUGGAAUAUUGAAGUGGUAACCAGAAGGCGUACGUGUUGACUAAUGCUGGUAGAAAAAUGUAAAUUGAAGAUAUAAAAGCAAAAAGUGCGUAUUUAUUAAAAAAAAUCGGUGAUCUGAUAUCUGAUAACACUUGUUUGUAUAUAAACACGUAUAUGAACAACACGGGUAGCUAAGCUAAAUAAGUUAUUUUGUAUUUGUAUUAUAAUCAAUCAUUAUGAAUAUUAUUAUCUACGAUCAUUUAUUAUUAGAUAGUAUUUAAAUAAUGUGAAGAGCGACGAGAAUGCUUUUGCGUCCGAAGAUAUUGGUAUGUUCUUAGCACGCAAACGCCAUGUGGAGUGUUUACAAUGCGGAUAUAACAUUGUAUAGAAUAGAACAGAUGAAAUAGUGAGUUUAAUUUAUGAAAUGUUGCAAGUUUAAGCAAAAGGUAUUUGUUAGGUUUUGCUUAAAUUUGGAAACAUGGAACGGUGUAGACUUGUACAUUGUGGAUUGAACAGUAUAUUGUUGUGAGCAUUGGAAACCGAGUGUGUCAUCAUGAUGAAAUGUAAUUAAGCGCUUUAAACGGACGAAUUUUGCUUUAAACAAACCGCGGCCUCUCGUUAGCAUUAAAUAUACACACACACACACCAUCUACACAAAAUCCACUCUUUGCGAUAUGUAAACAGUACAUACUGUUGUACGGAUAAUCAACGUUCAAACAGCAACAAAGCGCUGAAAAGUUUGCGACAUUGUGCAACUUUACAACGUGAUUUGUGUUUACACACGACUAAAUUUCAAAGUUUACUAUCUGUCAUCUAGCGGCCUAUGAGAAAUUCAAACAAAAACAAUUAUUAACGAUUUUGAGGACUUAACUAUCGCGAAAUAUUGCGAACUAAUGCAAACACCGAGUGGUACUAUGCGAAAAAAUAACUACCAAUUUUUGGAGUCAAUAUUAGAUGAAGUAUUUUGUCCGACUAUUAUACAAAAAUAUAUUAAUGACUAGUUGAAUCAGUAAGUGAGAAACUAAGCAAAACAUAAAAACAUAAAAAACCGCCCUUGUUAACAAGCUAUUAAUUGAUAUGAUUAUUUACCUGCAGCGCCUAUCUGUCGUAUUUAUAACUUAACAAUCUUAAAACCAGAAUAAUGAGAGAAACCGUUCACAUGCGGUGAGUGUUACUCAUGAAUCUUUGAUGCAGUAAAAUUUUAUUUUCACGAUUGCGAGCAUCUGCAUUGAAUCUCUUACAGCAAUGUUUAAUUAUUUAAUUGCCAUCGCUAUUGGACGAUAAUUAAUCAACAUUCUGUACUAUAUUAUAUCGUUCUGCUAUUGUAACUAAACUAUUCAAAUACUUCACUGUGUAUGGUAACGAAAAUAAUGAAAAUUAAUAGUCUUUGUUGAAUCUGUGAUUACAAGUUAUUGUUACUAAUAAAUUUUUGGGCUAAUA